UGCCCUCGAGUGGAGCUUUAGUCGCAGCUGAAAAUGGCCGACAUUGCACGUCGAAUGCAUUCGCGAAUCGUGAAGCGAUUCGUAUAUUUCGGUCAUUAGUUUUUCGCGUGUAACAGUUUUUUUUUUUUUAAAUAUUUACAAAACAGUAACGAUAAUCGCCCAAAGAUUGUCAGUGCACGACGAGUAGGUGACCAACGACGACUCUUGGAAAGUAUUUCUAACAAUCUGACGAAAGUUCCGGAAGGUGGUUCGUUGUGAAACCAAAUUUUUUGUACAUACGAAAGGCUGUUUUCUUGAGAAAUACGAACUUAACCAGCUGGGUUUUAACUGAAUAUGACUGAGGAACACCAGUUGCCUUCUGAUUCUGACGAAGACGAUGAAGAUUAUGUUCCUGAUGGUGCAGAUAGCGAACCUGUGUCUGAAGUAGAAUCCGAGGGUGAUGCAGAAAGCGGCCCCGAAGAUGAAAACGAUGAAAAUAAAAGAGAAACCACAAAGAAAAGAGGGAAGAAGAGAGGCAAAGUUACGAAAUCUAAAGUUAAGAAACACAGAAGACCAGGAAAAAAUUUGAGAAAUGAAAGCGAUGAGAAGGAGGAAGAAGCUGAGAAGCCUAAGGAGAAAAACAAUCUAACCGAGGAAGAACAAAAGAAAAAAGCUGAUUCCCUUUGGGCUGAUUUCAUGAAAGAUACAGCAAUUGUAUCUAAACCAAAGCCCCAAAAUUCAACAAAUAAACCGAAAGAGAAGUCACCGCCUUUAGAAAAGCCAAAAGUAGAGGAGAAAAUAAAAAUAACUAAAAUAUUCGAGUUUGCUGGCGAAGAAGUGAAAGUCGAGAAGGAAGUGUCGGUAGACUCGGCGGAAGCUAGAUUAUCUCUUUCUUCCGCUGAAAACUCCGAGAAAACUGGAAAUUCCGCGUCUUCCGCUGGGAGAGGCUCUGGAAGAGGAAAAGGUUUCAAAAGGGCUGGUUUAGGAGGUAUUUCUUCCGUUCUCGGUCAAAUAGGGAAAAAGGCGAAAAUUAGUACGUUGGAAAAAUCCAAAUUGGAUUGGGAUAGUUAUAAGAAGGAAGAGAAUUUGGAGGAAGAGAUAACGACUCAUAACAAAGGCAAGGAUGGGUAUUUAGAACGCCAAGAUUUUCUGCAGAGGGCAGAUUUACGCCAAUUCGAAAUUGAAAAACAAUUACGUAACGCUAACAGACGCAGUAGUCGGUGAAUUUAUGUCUUAACAAUAACACAUAUCUCUUCCUUAAUAGCGAGAGACGAUAUUAAAAGAAAUACCCGAUUAGACUGGCUGGUUCCUGGCGCUUACAGCAUAUAUUUAAUUCUUCGAACUCAUUGAUAUCUCGUAAAUUGUAUAAAAAACGCGGUUGCCUCGCUUGGCUUGACGACCGACUGGAUUUAUUAAGGUAGCGGUUGAGAGCCAACUCUGUGAGAAGAGACUGAUCAUUCCAAUGCAUUGAGAAUAAUACAAUAUGUUAUGUAAUAGUUUUACUUUACCAUCUCCGAGCUUUGCCUCGUUCCAUUAUAUCGCAGAACUUCGCAUCGAAGCUGGACGUUUGAAGCUUGACGCUUCGGAAACAAUAUAUUCUCGUAACACAAGCACCAGAAACGUUUUUUUAUUCCGUUUCAGUGAGGAAAGGAUGAUUGACACAGUAUAAAUAGUGUACGUAUUUAAUAAGAGUCCGUUUGAAUGAUGAAUGAAUAAAUGCGAGUACAUGCCUUAGAAAUAAUCAUGACGGUAGUUUCAUUUACGAUCACUGCCUUAGGCGAGUCGUGCUAGACAUGUUGUAUUUACAAACAUGAUACAUGGAGCAAAGGCACAGACUGUUCUUACAAAUGAAAAACUAACAGCGAUCCUUUUAUAUUUUCUCAGCAAUACCAGUGUCUGCUAAUUACGUUUACUUGGAAAUUACAGCAUGACAUAGUUUAAUCGAUAAGUACGUCGGAAAUCUUGAAAUCUCAGCUCAGGUUACAAUUUGUAGAAUAUAUAUCUCACGAAUACCCAUUGAAGCUUUACGCUUGUGAACCAUUUACUCGAAUAAGAAAUGAACGAUCACGUAUAACAUUAUUUCAUGUUCAUCUUUAUGAAUUGUAUCUGGGAUUCGUAGAAUUUUAGAAACUAUGACGAGGUCUACGGAUAUGUGGCCAAAAGGAAAAUCGUAUAGAAUGUUUACUAUUAUUGUCGUUUAUGUUGCGUUCUUCGCUUGGUGAUGUACUUUUUUUUCUACCGCAAAGCAGAUCUUUACAUCGUUAAAUGUUCUUUAAAGAAAAAAAAAAACAACCUCUUGCAUCGGAUACUGCUCAACAUCCUCGUGUAGUAUCGAUCUAGGAUUUACGUUCAUUUUACUUAAUAAUUAAGUACACGUGCCGUUAAUUCGCAAAUCGAGGAUAUCCCCGCGAACAAUUAUAAUUGUUUUUGUAAACAAAUACAAACGAAAUACUUACUAGAAAUGCUGAUCCA